AUGGCGAUGCGCGCAGUCCUGUCCCGAAUGGCAAUGCCCUUGCGAAGUACCCUGACGCGGUCUCCGGUCGCCUUCAAGCCGCUCCAGCAGCCGCGCUGCAACCUCACGACCAUCUCGCGGCCCCUCUGGAGGCCGGAAGUGCGCGCCGCUACUGCUUUGAUCCAGCCACGCCAGGAGAAGGCCCAUCCACCGGUGGUCAGCGGUCUUCGCACCAUGUCCACGUGGCGCCUUCGGCCCUAUGCUGCUGCAGGAGCAGGAGCAGCCCUGCCCUUAACCUCCCUCAGUGCCGGCUACAGCAAGGUGGGCCUGUCUUUGCUGGUGCUCCCCUGGAAGGCGCUGCCCAUGGCGCUCGCACUGGCACCCACCGUGUGGGUCUUGCCGGCGGCCUAUCGCAUGAUCUUUCAAAACUCUAUGAGGCAUACCACUGCAUCCGUCUUCACAGUGAUCUUGUAUUUGGUGCUCUCCUUCAUGCCAGUGCCAUGCUUUGAGAACCUCUUCUCCGAGCUGGCCUUCUAUGGCAUCGCCCUGGUCUCCACCUUCUUCAUGUACACCUUCUUUCCGGAGGUCCUUCUUCAUGACUUCAUGUUCAUGCACUACUUGGCGCUCUUCACGAUUCCAUUGAUCCCCUUGGCCUUUGCCUACAUGCCCAUGUUCGCAGAAGAGGCGCUUUUGGGUACUGUAAGAGAGCUCACAGUGAACCGAGAGGACUUUGAGGAGCCCGGCCGGCCCAAGCAGUCGGGGGAUUUCAAGGUGCAACGCUUGGUGGGGGUUUGGAAGGCAGAGCAUAUCUUGUGCAGACGCUGCGGCCAGAUCUUCAACUACGGCACCAUUACAGGGCCAGUUCUGAAGUGCUCCAACUGCAGCUUCGAGCAGCCCUUCGAUGAGAAGAAGCCGAUCUCCUCGGUGGCCACCGUCUACGAGCGGGUGGAGCAUGGCGGAGGGACGGUGAUGGUUUAUUGUGAGCAGAGUUUGGGGGUCAGUAUGGGUCAGUGA